CUCCAAGCCUGACAAUUUAUCCCUGUGUGAAGACAUAUCAGAAGAACAACCAAGCGAAACUCCGACUUCUUCAAAGUACAUGUCGGAAGAACAACCAAGCGAAACUCCGACUUCUUCAAAGUACAUGUCGGAAGAACAACCAAGCGAAACUCCGAGUUCAUCAAGGUCAAAGAUGCCAGUGGUCAAUAUUGAGGAGCUGACAGAAAAGGAUAAGUUGAAGAUGGAAGUUGAACAGCUCAAGAGAGAACUGAAGCUGGAUAGAAUGCUGGUAUCCAAGUGCUGUGAAGAAUUAAGGGAUUAUGUUGAAGAGAGAUCUGGGGAUGAUCCCCUAGUAAAAGGCAUCCCAGAGGACAAAAACCCUUUCAAGGAGCUCAAAGGAGGCUGUGUGAUUUCCUAAGAAGAAAGAAUGAAACAAACAUAUAAACAAAUUGAAAAAAAAAAAAAGAAAGAGAUAGAGAGAAAAAGACAUUGGAAAAUUUUAAGUUUUAAUGACAGUAAUAAUUUGGGUCAUAUAUAAUAAUACUGUUAACCAUUCAUAUGAAUUUUAAAUUCAUAAAGGUAAAUUUAAAGAAAAUUGAUGUUUUUUUAAAAGUAUUUAGCACAUGGUUUAAUUGGCAGUUACAAUAAAUAUCAACUCACCCCUUUUAAAAUAAUAAUUACUAAUUUUUAUGAAUGAGCAUUAUUUUGAGUUGAUCGCAUAUAUAAUGAUUUGUUUCCUCACUUUUCUUUCAACACUUAUACAGUAUUCCAGCUAAUGUUUCAUGGUUAGAUAUUUUUCUAAUCUUUUUCUUACCUAUAAAUUUAGAAAGUGGAGGCCAAGUGGUGGUGCACCCAUUAAAGUAUACAAAAAUAACAGGUGCAAGGACCAGGGUUCAAACCCCUCGGUCUCCCCACCUGCAGGGUGGAAGCUUCACGAGCGGUGAAGCAGUGCUGCAGGUGUCUCUCUUUCUUUCCUUUUGUCUCCUACUUCCCUCUCACUUUCUCUCUGUCUCUAUUCAAAAAAAAAAAAAAGAAAAAGAUAAAAAGGCUGCCAGGAGUAGUGGUGGUUUCGUAGUGCAGGCACCGAGCCCCAGCAUAAUCCUGGUGGCAAUUAAAAAAAAUAAAUAAAAGAAAAAAAAAGAAAAAAAAGAAUUAGGAAGUUUAUUCCAUUGAUUCACAGAUGAUCUAUCUUGGCAGAAUGUGUUCAUGAUAAUUUUGUUGUUCGUAUUGUAUCGUGUGGAAUUGUAUUGUAUUUUCUGUUUUUCUUUCUCUCAAUACUCCAUGUGUGGUAAUACUUUUAACUUGGAUUGAGUAUGAUGUAUUUCAUCAAAGCAAAGAACUCUGGGAAAGGAGGGGAUAAAAUUGGGUGGUGAAAGUAUAGGUACAUGGUAGUGGAAAAAGUCUUAAGUGGAGUUGAGGGUGUUUUGCAGAUACCUAUCAUGGGGUGAUGAGAAUUUGUACCCUUAUGUCAAUAAUUGUACUGUGAACCAUUAAUCCCCCCAAUAAAAUCAUUUAAAAAAUA